AUGGAGUUCCUCGCGCCGUCGGGGAGCGGGCUGAGCAUCAGCGAGCGCGCGGGGCUCGACAUCGCGAUGCUGCAGGUGCGGCAGAGCGAGAACCUGCCCCUCGGGUCGCUGUCCUUCUGGGGGCGCAUCAAGGGGAAGAACGACGACUACCUCGUCGCCGUCGCGCUGACGCCGAGCUACCCCUUUCCCUCGAAGAAGUUCUACUACACGACGACGGCCAAGAGCGAGAAGAUGAGCCAGAUGCCGGACCUGAGCGAGGAGUACGCCGCGCACGCGGCGACGCUCGUGUCCAAGCCCUUCGCGGGCGAGCCGUCGAUGCCGUACCCCAUCCCGCCCAAGGAGGGCGAGGAGGAGGUGGUCGCCGAGCCCGUGCUCGACGAGAACGGCGAGGAGAUCCAGCCCGAGGUCUUCCGCGAGGAGCACAAGCUCGCGUACCACGUCGCGCUCAUCGACGGCGACGCGACGGUCGUGCCCCGCGGCGCGUACCUCGUCGACGCGGCGCACCAGGUCAUCAAAAACCCCGCCUACGAGGGCCUCGCCUACGAGGCCGCGGGCCAGCUCCGGAGCUACUUCCACUUCCGCGCGCCGAAGUCGGAGCGCGCGCAGAAGGCGCUCGAGAAGCCCGGCGUCGUCCGCGCGGGCGACUUCCUCGACCCCAUCGCCGACGACGUCCCGGCCGGCACCUUCUCCCUCUACUACGACCCCUCCAACACCAUGGCCAUCAUCCGGUCCUUCUACUGGCCCGGCGCCUACUUCUACCACCAGAUCGGCACGGGCAACUACGGCUCCGUCUACAUGGGCGACGGCCUGCCAAACACGGACAUCCAGUUCAUGCUCUAG